UUUUUUUUGUGUGUAUUAUGCUUAAAAACUCUACUUGGAAGCUUGACGAAACCAACUUGGCCAAUUUUGGUUCUGAACUCGAAAGAGAACACCGUAAAGAAGAAGGUGAUCUUGAAACAGCAUGGAAUUAUGAGGGUUCUCCUAUUGGUCAUGAAGUUGGUAUGUGGAUUUGGCGUGUGCAUGAUUUCAACUUGGAGCCUGUUCCCAAAAGCCAAUAUGGUAAAUUUUAUCAAGGUGAUAGUUACAUUGUCUUGAAGUCUAGCAAGAAACAAAACUCGGAUGGUUUGAUUCAUAAUAUUCAUUUUUGGCUUGGUUUGGAAACUUCUCAAGAUGAAGCUGGUACAGCUGCUUACAAGACAGUUGAAUUAGAUGACUUCCUUGAUACAUAUGCUGUUCAAUACCGUGAGGUGCAAUACAAGGAAUCCAGCUUAUUCUCUAGCUAUUUUAGACACAUUACUUAUUUGCAAGGUGGUCAUGACUCAGGAUUUCAUCAUGUGGAAGAAGAACAAGUCCAUACUCGUCUCUUACGUGUCCAUCGUCCCAAGCAAUUGGAAGGAUCGCGUACAAGAAAUGCUGUUGUUAUUUCAGAAGUACCUUUGAGUCAUGAAAGUUUACGCUCUACCUCUAUCUUUGUGCUUGAUACAGGCGAUAUUGUCUACCAAUGGCAAGGAGAGAAAGCCAAUGGUAUUGAGAGAGCCAAAGCAGCUGAGUUUAUUUCCCAACUUAUUUCUGAGCGUCAAGGUAAAGGUGAGAUGGUGAUUGUUGAACAAGGAUCCGGUAGUGGUGAACGCCAAUUCUUUGAAGCACUUGGUUCUGAAGGUGACAUUUUAGAUGAUGAUGAUGAACAAGAAGAAGGAGAAGAAGAAGCAGUAAGCAAUAGACGCUUGUUGCGUUUAAGUGCUUCUGGUCCCUUUGGCUUGGGUCAUUUGAAAUUCGAGGUUGUAGCUGAGGGUACUAUUUCCAGAGACAUGUUUGAUACACAUGAUGUUUACGUUUUUGAUGUUGGACACCAAAUCUAUACUUGGAUUGGUCGUAAAGCAAGUCGCAAAGAACGUAGACAAGGUCUUGAAUAUGCACAAAAAUAUGUCAAAGAAUGCUCUGAUCGUUCUCCUUUUGUGCCUAUCUGUCAAGUAGUAGAAGGAGGCGAGGAUGAAUUGUUUGAGUCUAAUUUAGAAGGCUGGCAAGGAUGGUAAUAAAAUGUGACUCAUAUGUGUCAUUUAAGCAGCUCAACUCGGCUAAAAUAGUUGAUUCCGAGAGUGCUGCAUCGUAUUGAUAUGUUGUGUAAGGUAAAAUUUUAUUUAAGCAACAACAAAAAAAAAAAAAAAAA